UCUGUGCAUUCACCCACACCGCGGCUUGUGCAGACAUGGGGAUUGAAGGACUGACAUCACAUCUCUUGGAGGCCGUGGCGUCAUAUCCAGUCCUGACCUUCGCCUUGCUUUUGGCCACCCUGUCCUCCACAUGUUGGUACAUCCGAGACUCCUCCAAGGUGGACGCCUUCAGCCUCAAGCACGUGCUGAUCACAGGAUGCGACAGCGGCUUUGGGAACCUGCUGGCCAGGCGGUUGGAUCUCCAAGGCUUCCACGUCAUCGCGGCCUGUCUCACCCAAAAAGGCUCUGCAGACUUGGCGUGCUCAACCUCCCCCAGGCUGAAGACGCUCCUCUUGGACGUAACGGACAGCGAGAGCAUCCGGAGGGCGCAGCACUUUGUGAGCAGGGAGGUGGGAGAGCGAGGUCUGUGGGGGUUGGUGAACAACGCUGGCAGGUCCACGCCCAUCGGCCCGUGUGAUUGGAUGCGAUUGGAGGACUUCACCAAGGUUUUAGACGUGAACCUGCUGGGCGUCAUCGAGGUGACGCUCCAGUUUCUGCCGCUCCUGAAGAAAGCCCGGGGGCGGGUGGUGAACAUGGCCAGUGUGCUGGGACGCCUAGGGAUCAUUGGAGGCGGGUACUGUCCUUCCAAGUGGGGGGUGGAGGCCUUCUCUGACAGCCUCAGGGUCGCGGGGGCAUGCUGGAGCCUAUCCCAGCUGAUUCGGGCGACAGGCGGGGUACACCCUGGACUGGUCGAGAGGGACAUGCAGCAGUUUGGUGUCAAAGUGAGCAUCAUAGAACCCGGUUUCUUCAAGACUAACCUGACCCAGCUGGAUCUUAUUGAAGCCGACCUGAGGCGGCUUUGGACCCGCCUCCCCCAGGAAGUGAAAAGUUCCUACGGCGUGACGUACUUUGCAGACUACUUGAAGGCCCAAGAUUUGUCCAUGCGCAUCCUGUGCAGUCCACACAUCGCCAUGGUAACCAGGUGCAUGGAGCAGGCCUUGACUGCUCGCUUCCCUCACACGCGCUACAGCGCUGGCUGGGACGCCAAACUGUUGUGGAUUCCUUUGUCCUACCUUCCUUCUUGUGUGUCCGACUUUGCUGUCAGCUUCUUUCUACCUGCACCUGCUGCUGCACCAUGAAGACCACCUUCACACGCUCAAGACAAAAUAGAACAUUUAUUCACGUUUCAGCAGCAACCAUUCAAAGAGAUGUGAUCAGAUCAGAGAUGUGGAAUCAUUACCAUUUUUCAAAAACGGUGUGACUCUUCCAAGAUCAAUGAACUUCCAUAUGCGCACGUUCAAGCACUGCGUCCAUUACGCUCAUAUUAGGACUUUAAACAUCUUAUUUGAAAAAUCACAAUGAUUGACUCAUUUUUCAACACUCACACGUUAAACUGCAUGUUUGAUGGACAGAUCAUUCUAUACACCCCCAACAUAUUCAAGUGUAUAUAUACUGUACAUACAUACACACGCAUAUAUACAGUAUAUAUAUAUUCGGGAUGCACGAUAAUUAUCGGGCCGAUAUGAGGGAAUUAUGACAUCAUACCGAUAAUCCAAUUAAUUAACAUUGAAAAUAGCUCCGAUAACAGAUCAAUUUUAAAAAAUGCUCCAAUUAGACAAGAUUACCCGGACUGUGAGGUGAGUGAAUCAAGCGCUUUUUGGCACACCGGCUGCUCGGAGUGUGUGCCCAGAUAUAGUGCAAAUCAGCAGGUACAGGUGGUCAAAUCCCAAUUUGUCGCAGUCCUGCUUACCUCCAGUGUGCACAAACUACAGUUAAAUCCAAAUUUUAAAAAGUAGAUAUAAAAAGAGUUAUUGGUUAUCUGUACCAUAUUGGUAGCACAUUGGUGUCGGUUUGAAAAAGAAGGUAUCGUGCAUCUCUAAUAUGUUUCGAUCUUUUAUCUCAUGGCGAAGGCAGAAAUUCAUUCUGUACAUUGCAGAACACAGCUCAGCUUGUACAACAUGAAGUACUCAUAAAAUGAAGUACAGUAAAUCCCUCAUUUAUCGUGGUUAAUUGGUUUCAGUUGUGGCACAGGAACCCUGUUUACCAUCUUCCAAAUAGCUUUAAACCUUUAAUUAGAGUCCUCCAGACAUGAACUAACGGCCAUAUACAGUAGUCACCUUUACGUUAGCUUACCCAUAAUAAGAGAAAAUAAGCCUUAAGCCUUAAAGGAAAACUGCACUUUCGGAAUUUUGACCACCAUCCACAAUCCUUGAACACAGCUUUCUAUUUUCUGUGCUUUUUAAAGAUAUAAAAACAAGUUAACAAGAGGCAGGUAAUUAAUGCACGCAAUGGGACAAACCUAUUCCGCCUAUUAAAACACCUCCACAAACCUCCAACAAGGUUUUAUGGUUUUAUAUCCAUGCUGUGUUCAUGUAGUAACAGGUACAUUCAUGAUAACAUGUAAUACUUACACUAUUUUGCUGUAUUUUUGCUGUAUCAUUUUAAGCAUUAGUAGAACUUCCUUCCUGGGUGCAUUGACUUCACAUAGCAACAUAGAAAGGAACGCUACACCGAGCGUUAACUUUCCCAACUCAGCAGCAGCGGCGGCAGCUCCAAUAUGUAGCGUUACCUUUCGGUAGUGGCCCGAGGCAUUGUGAGCAAGUGUGUGGUGAAGCUAGUCGCUAGCUGGCAAGUAGCUAGCCGGUGGGGUGUGGCGAGGUGUCACUAGGCCAGUAACGUAGUUCCUGGGCGUAACAAUGUUAAUAAUAAUAAUAAUGUUGCUGUAGCUUGGAUAAUAUGCAGGUCACAUUAUGUAAAUGGAGCCUGGUUGGCCCUUUUAUUGUUUUUUUCACAAGGCUUUAUAGGUGGAAUAGGUGCCAUUUUAUGCGGCUUCUUAAUUCCUUGUAUUUAACUUUAUUUAGCCUUUUUUUUUUUUACUAAUAGGCCGUAUUCAACCACAAAACAGCAAGAUUUAAGAAUGAAUAUAUGUCUGAAACACUGAUGUGACGAGGGAAGACUGUACUCAUAACAUGAAGUACUCAGAUCUUACUGCUGAAAUGCAGCGUGAGUGCAAAGACAUACAUAUGCAGCUACACGCACCUGGAAAGUAGCUCACAAUCAAGAAUUGGCAUGAGAAACGGCACAAGGCAUAGACUUUUUCUCUUCGUUCUAUAGAAAUGUUUAUCUUUAAGCUGUUUUUUUUGUUCCCCGCAGGCUGCAUAAAAAAAUAAAUUCUGUGCAAAGUGUGACCGCCAUCGUUGUGGGCGGGGCUAUACGUCACUGUCCUCUUUGACCAGGUUGGCGGUGUCCUUGAAAGUGUCCUCUGUUGGUGAAAAGGUGCCGGGAUG